UUGUUAUGUCGACGGUCAAACAUUGUAAUCGAUAGGUAGAAUCACUAUUGGUAGGAAAAUCUAGUAUUUUUAAGUUAUCCGAUUCUUGGCCCCUUGAAGUAUGGGCCUACUGAUCUCGGUAAUGUUAAUGCCGCCAAAAAGUGCCCUUUCAUUGUCAUGUGAAUUGUAGGAGGGCUCACUGCGAAUAAAACGCGCGCACCCGUUCGCCACGGCCAUAGGCCCUUAAAGUAUUACCCUUUCCUUUGGACCUACGCGUGUGGGGAGCCGUUUAAGGCAACUCCGCAUGAGGCCAGACAACAUCGUUUAUUCGCAGUCCUAGGGAGACUGCAAGGGCAACUUGCGCUGGAGGACGGCUUGACUACCAGCUAGAGAGUUGCCAGGAGCGCACGGAGCGCAAUUUCCCGUAUCAGUAGAGGAGUCGCAGGAGUUAGAGGGCGCAGCCGGCGACAUUAGAAGGCGCAGCCAGCGCCGAACACUGUGUACGGACGGAGUCGCAGCCAGCUACAGGCAGACGCAGCCAACGACAGUUAAGGAGACCGCAGCCAGCGGUCAGGAGGCGCAAGGAGCGCCAAGCAUAAGCGGCCGCAACCAGCGGCCAGAAGGCACAGGUCCACCAUUUUGGAGCGCGAGGGCAGCGCCAUAUUUGGACAUGAGAUGCAGCAUUCCCCCAAGAGGAGUUCCCGGCUGAACGGAGGUGAAGCCACCCCUACAACAACGCGAGCGGAUCAGCAGCCAGCGAGUAGUGGAGCAGAAAACCGGCCGCUGGUGAACAUAACCACGGCGGCGGCCACUUCUCGCCCAGCCACUACGGUGACUACAGUAGCGUCCCAACCUAGGAGUACAGCUGUCACAACUGCGCGUUCAGAGCCGGAGGUGGGCCAUCUUCAAUUGUGCAUUUGUGGAGACGACCCAAGCGUACAACUGCACGGACCUGGAGAGCAACCAGAGGUUGUUGAAGGCGCUGAAGGAUGAAGCACGCGAGACAGUGAAGUCGCUGCUGAUUCACCCUGGGAACGUCAGCGCCGUGAUGGAGCAGCUGCGCUUAAGGUUUGGCCGACCGGAGCAGCUUAUACGCAGCCAGCUGAACAGCGUGCGAGAGGUGCCGCCGAUUUCGGAGCACCACUUGGCGAGGAUCGUUCCCUUCGCAACCCGAGUGAGUAACCUCACGGCCUUCUUGCAGUCGGCGAAGGCGGAGCAGCAUUUGGGGAGCAGCAUACCCCACCCUCAUGGAGGAGUUUGUGGCAAAGCUUCCAACGAGCAAGCGAGUGGAUUGGGCCAGGCACGCUGCAUCGAUCAUGCCCUUUCCCACUGUAGCGCACUUCAGCGCGUGGCUACAGGAGUACGCAAACCUCGUGUAGCUCGAGAGGAGCUAGCAGUAGCUCAUCGGACUGGACCAUGGAUAUUUGGGAUUGCCACUUAGGACGAGGCGGUUUGCCAGAGAGGGACCGUAUGCGGACUGUUGGGCCGGUAAGUGGACAAUCACCGAGGUCCUGCCUUCUAGCCGUGUCAAUGGAUGAUACGAUGGAAAAGAUUUUUUUUUUUUAAUUUUGAUUUUAUUUAUUGGGUCUUCUCUUUAUGAGUCUAAUAAUAAAGUUGCAAAUCUUAAAAUAAUACGUUAACUAACAGUUUAAUUUAACUGAAUAGAGACUACAUGGUCCUAAUAAUAAGCGCUGGAUUGGAUGAUGAUGGUGGAUGAUGGAAAAGAUGGUGGAGGACUACUUCGAGAUGGAAAGCUUUGAUUUGAAGCUUGCGCCACCGGUUGUAGCCAGCGACGACGCGCGGGCCCAAAGGAUCCUCGAAGACGGUGAAAGUGGGGCGUCG